AGGGCGGAAUGGUUUUCCCGUAUUAACCGCAAGGAUGUGGACCGCUGUGCGAACCAUUACAGAGUCUGCGGGAAGCAUUUCAUUUCAGGUCGUCCAGCAUACCUAAUGGUUGAGUCCAAUCCGGACUGGGCGCCCUCCCUUCAUCUUGGGCACGGGAGAGAAAUGAGCGGCAACGCCUCAUCAUCUCGGUACACGAGGAAAAGGCGCCGAGCAGAGCGAUCGGGAAGUCCCCUAAAGCAACUGCAUGAGAAUGCACACGAAGGAAGCAGUGCAGUGCCGGAUUCAUCAGUGACCUCCGAAGACGAUCAACCGCUUUUUGAUGAUGAUCCUGAUAUCCAGGAGACUCCUGAUCAAGAAUGCACUCAUGGAGGGAAGGCUGACUUUUCACAUGUUACUGAAUUGACUAUGGAGCAAAUUGAGCAUCUUGAGAACGAGAAUCGGCACCUGCUCUCAGAGGUCGGGGAAGUGCGAAACAAACUGAACAAGCAAAUGCUCACUGAAGAUUGUCUGAGAGAAAACGAAGACAUGUUGCAGUUUUACACAGGACUGUCAAAUUUUAGUCUUUUGAUGGCCCUUCUUGAAGUGCUGAAAGAAGGAAUGGCACGCACAAACCGAAACAGUCUAACCCUCUUCCAGGAGAUGCUCAUAUUCCUCAUCCGCCUUCGCUUGAAUGUGCCAUUGCAGGACUUGGCAUACAGGUUCAACGUAUCCCAGUCAACUGCGUCUACUGUUGUCAACACGUGGAUUGAUGUGGCCUUUGUCCGCCUCUCCCGUGCUGUGAAGUGGCCAGAAUCUGAAGAGUUGCAGCGAACAAUGCCUAUGGCAUUUCGGCAUGCUUCGGAACACGACUAACUAUAAUACUUGACUGUUUUGAGUUAUUUAUAGAGCGACCUUCGUCUUUCCUGCCUAGAUCGCACACAUGGUCGAACUAUAAACAUCACAAUACAGUCAAGUAUCUAAUCGGCAUUGCUCCACAGGGUGUUAUUACAUUUAUUUCUCGUGGGUGGG